AUGGGGGAGCAGAACCACUCUGCUGGGAGACUUCAGCACAGGACACGAGCAGAGGUUCCAGGAAAGAGCUGGCACUCCCAGGCCUACACCCUUGGUGCCAUUUCCAACUUUAUGUCUACUUUUCUGACCUUUCCUAUCUAUAAGGUUGUGUUCCGGCAGCAGAUCCAUGCUAUGGCAGUAUCAGAGGCUAUGAGGCAGCUUUGGCAUGAAGGUCCUCAAUACUUCUACCGGGGUAUUUACCCUCCUCUUCUCUCCAAGACGCAAGGGACUCUAUUGUUUGGGACUUAUGAUAGCCUGCUGUGUUCUCUCUCCCCUGUUGGGCCACACCCCCUGGGACACCGCUGGGCUGCAGGGCUCAUGUCUGGUGUGGUGGAAGCUGUGGCACUCAGUCCCUUUGAAAGAGUACAAAAUGUGCUUCAGGAUGGUCGGAAGCAAGCUCGCUUCCCCAGCACCUUCAGCAUUCUCAAGGAAUUCAACUCUUACGGGCUUUGGGGGCGGUUGUCACUAGGCUAUUAUCGUGGUUUCUGGCCUGUGCUUGUCAGAAACAGCCUGGGGAGUGCUCUCUAUUUCUCUUUCAAGGAUCCCAUCCAGGAUGGCUUGGCUCAGCAGGGCCUGCCCCAUUGGGUUCCUGCCUUGGUGUCUGGUAGUGUCAAUGGAACAAUCACCUGCCUAGUUCUGUAUCCUCUGAUUGUUCUGGUUGCCAAUAUGCAGUCCCAUAUUGGUUGGCAGAGAAUGCCAAGCCUGUGGGCCUCUGCCCGGGAUUUGUGGGACACUCGGGGUCGAAAGGUACUCUUGAUCUACCGAGGAGGCUCCUUGGUUAUCAUAAGGUCCAGUGUGACAUGCCUCACUACUGCUAUCCAUGACUUCCUACAGAGGAAGUCUUACUCCAAGAAAGAGCUGAAAGACUGA